CGGCCCGAGCAUGGAGACCGCGGAGAAGGAGUGCGGCGCCCUGGGCGGGCUCUUCCAGGCCAUCGUCAACGACAUGAAGAGCUCCUACCCCAUCUGGGAGGACUUCAACUCCAAGGCCACGAAGCUGCAUUCCCAGCUGAGGACCACCGUGCUGGCUGCUGUGGCCUUCCUGGACGCCUUCCAGAAAGUGGCCGACAUGGCCACCAACACUCGAGGGGCCACACGGGACAUCGGCUCGGCGCUCACACGCAUGUGCAUGCGCCACCGCAGCAUAGAGACCAAGCUGCGACAGUUCACCAAUGCGCUGCUGGAGAGCCUGAUCAACCCGCUGCAGGAGCGCAUCGAGGACUGGAAGAAGUCGGCCAACCAACUGGACAAGGACCACGCGAAAGAGUACAAACGAGCCCGGCACGAGAUCAAGAAGAAGUCAUCAGACACGCUGAAGCUGCAGAAGAAAGCGCGAAAAGAGCUACUUGGGAAAGGAGACCUGCAGCCCCAGCUGGAUAGUGCCCUGCAGGACGUCAAUGACAUGUACCUCCUGCUGGAGGAGACGGAGAAGCAGGCAGUGCGCCGGGCCCUGAUCGAGGAGCGAGGCCGCUUCUGCACCUUCAUCACUUUCCUGCAGCCCGUGGUGAACGGCGAGCUGACCAUGCUGGGGGAGAUCACCCACCUGCAGGGCAUCAUUGACGACCUGGUGGUGUUGACUGCAGAACCCCACAAGCUGCCUCCCGCCAGUGAGCAGGUGAUCAAGGACCUGAAGGGCUCAGACUACAGCUGGUCUUACCAGACCCCGCCAUCGUCACCCAGCAGCUCCAGUUCCCGGAAAUCCAGCAUGUGCAGUGCCCCCAGCAGCAGUAGCAGUGCCAAGGGUGGCGGAGCCCCAUGGCCUGGGGGUGCCCAAACAUACUCACCCAGUUCCACCUGUCGCUACCGCAGCCUGGCGCAGCCAGCCACCGCCACCACCCGCCUCUCCAGCGUCUCCUCCCACGACUCUGGCUUCAUCUCCCAGGACGCCACCUACUCCAAGCCCCCCUCGCCCAUGCCUUCAGACAUCACCAGCCAGAAGUCCUCCAGCUCCGCGUCCUCCGAGGCCUCGGAAACAUGCCAGUCUGUUAGCGAGUGCAGCUCCCCCACCUCGGACUGGACCAAGGCUGGCCCCCACGAGCAGCCCUCAGGCGCCACGCUGCAGCGGAGGAAGGACCGAGUGGAGCUUCUCCGAGACAAUGAGCCAGGCCCCGCUAGUGGAGGCACCCUGGGCCCCAGUGGAGAAGAGGUGCCACGACCUCGGAUGUCCCCUGCCACCAUCGCAGCCAAGCAUGGCGAGGAGGUGUCCCCUGCGGCCAGCGACCUGGCCAUGGUGCUGACCCGCGGCCUGAGCCUGGAGCACCAGAAGAGCAGCAGGGACUCGCUGCAGUACUCGAGCGGCUACAGCACGCAGACCACCACGCCCUCGUGCUCCGAGGACACCAUCCCCUCCCACGGCUCCGACUAUGACUGCUACUCUGUGAAUGGGGACGCGGACAGCGAGGGCCCCCCUGAGUUUGACAAGUCGUCCACCAUCCCGCGCAACAGCAACAUCGCCCAGAACUACCGCCGCCUGAUCCAGACCAAGCGCCCAGCCUCCACCGCGGGGCUGCCCACCGCCGGGCUGCCCACAGCCACGGGCCUGCCCUCCGGCGCCCCACCCGGCGUGGCCACCAUCCGCCGCACACCCUCCACCAAGCCCACUGUACGCCGUGCUCUGUCUAGCGCCGGCCCCAUCCCCAUCCGGCCACCCAUCGUCCCUGUGAAGACACCCACGGUACCCGACUCCCCUGGCUACGUGGGACCCACGCGGGCAGGCAGCGAGGAGUGUGUCUUCUACACGGAUGAGGCCGCCUCGCCCCUGGCACCGGACCUCGCCAAGGCCUCCCCGAAGAGGCUCAGCCUGCCCAACACAGCCUGGGGCAGCCCGUCGCCGGAGGUGGCCAGCUACUCCACAGCGGGGGCCGGGCUGGCGGCUGAGGAUGACGAGGAGCAGCAGCUGGCCGCCAACAGGCACAGCCUGGUGGAGAAGCUCGGGGAGCUGGUGGCAGGUGCCCACGCCCUGGGCGAGGGCCAGUUCCCCUUCCCCACCGGCCUGUCUGCCACCCCAGCAGAGGAGACGCCUACCCCACCCCCUGCUGCCACCAGCGACCCCCCAGCCGAAGACAUGCUGGUGGCCAUUCGACGCGGGGUCCGGCUCCGCAGGACCGUCACCAAUGACAGGUCUGCGCCCCGCAUCUUAUGAUGGCGCCACCCUCCCCACCCUGUCUGGCCCCAGCACAAGCAGGUGGCCUGGUCUGUGAGCAGCAGCCACUCAGCACAGGCACAGUCAGGAGAAAGAACAGCGCCAGGGACAAAGCAAAGCCACUUUAUGGAAGAGACACCCAGGCUGGACCACAGCGUUUAACGGGAUGUGACUUCUUUAACCAACCUCGCAGGACAGGUGGAGCCUGCAGGCCUCGAACUGGUUUUGGAGCCUGUUUUCUACUUCCCUUGCCCACUCUGUCCCUCCUCUCAGGCCCUGCCUUUUCCAAACCCCCAGAGCCCAGCCUGCCUCGUGCCAACCCUGGCCCACCUGGCCUGGGGUCCAGAGCUGCUCCCCAGAGUCACGGUGCCCUGGCUCACUCUUGAAUGCCGGCCCUUCCUGUCCCUUCAUGAGCCCCCUACACCUCUCCCCUCUACCUCUGCCUCUUCCAGGUCCCUCUCCACCUGGGUGGCAGGGUGGCUGUGGAGGGGCCAGUGUCCAGUCAGCUGGGGUAUCUUAAUUUGUGGCUAGAAUUAGGGGAGCAGGUUGGAGUUUGGAGACCAGGCCAACCCAUGGGGAAGGGAGUCCAAGUGGAGUCACGGGGUGGAAGGACAUGGAGUGGGCCUGCAUGUGGAAGGCGAAGG